AGCUGCUACCGGGCUCUCUUUCCCUGCCCGACGCCGUCGGCCGUGUCAGCUGCAUCGGCAUUCUGCGCCACCAUUACUGCGGGAGGGGUCACGGCGACCAACUUCCCGACCCGAGCCACGGCAGCCUGCGGAACUAGCCCAGGCCGCUAUGUCUCGGCGUGCCAAUGCGGGCCGACGUGCUCGACAUCGGUCGCCACGCCGACUAGUUCCUGCGCGCCCACGCCCAGCAACGGCGGGCUCGUCUAUGGCGAUUUCGAAUGCGGGACGGCGCCGUGGAUUGUGCAGGUGGUCCAGCAAAACGUGGUGGCCAAUGCAUCCGGCAUUGGUCUGACUGGAGCCAAGUCGUUCGUGACCAAGUUCACGGGGCCCGACAGCUGCUCGACGACGAGCUGCACCGACGCCCGCAUCAUCAGCCCGUCGCUGCCCGUGACGCCCGGCGUCAGCUACAAGCUGACCUUUGGGACGUGGAUGGACGGCACGACGGGCGGCUUCGUCGGUGUCAUGAUCAAUGGCCAAGGCCUGGUAACCAUCGACGCCCUCGACUUCACGCCAACCCUGUGGCACUUCAGCCAGGUAGCGUGGAUGCCGCCAGCGGGCGUCACAUCGGCCGUCAUAACCUUCGAAUGGAUAGGCCCCGAGGCGCGGCUCGAUACUAUCACGUUUGCGCCGGUGACGGCGUACUGCGGCUCGCACCCGCCGCUCGGAUUCCUGCCCGAUGGCGACUUCGAGUGCGGCGCCGGAGGGUGGACGACGCAGAAGCCGGACCCGGGAGCGCAGGCGGGCAUCUCGGGCUUUGCGGGCGUUACCAUCAACCCCAGCAACCCGCCGUUUGGCAGCUUCGCGUGGAAGGCGUACUUGGCCACUGAUCCCAACCCGGCCAACCAGGAGCUUGGAGUCAGCGCCAGGCUUGUCAGCCCCGUGGUGCCUGUGACCCCAGGUAAGACAUACAUGCUCGCCUACACGACCUACUUUGACCGCACCAACUUUGGCUUCGUUGGUGUGAUGAUCAACAACGUGCCUCUGCAGACGACAGACCCAGGUGACCGCGGCGUGGGGACUUUAUACUUCGCCCCUAGACAGCUGUUCUGGACCGCGCCGGCGGGCAACACGACGGCACAGGUCAAGUUGGAGGUUGUGGCCGACAAGGCCGGCACCGUGAUGAUCGACAGUGUCAUCUUGGUCGAGGCAACCGGGGAGAACUAG